AUGCAUCAGGAAGCACAUAAACUGGUGAGGAAGUGUGACAAAUGCCAACGAUUCGGCAACAUACCCCAUAUCCCUGCCAAACUAUUGACGCCGAUCAUAAGCCCAUGGAUGUUCGCCCAAUGGGGACUUGACUUAAUUGGUCCAAUACCACAAGGGAAAGGCCAGGUCCAGUAUGCUGUUGUUGUCGUAGAUUACUUCACCAAAUGGGUUGAAGCUGAAGCUCUAGCAACUAUUACAGCAGUCAAGAUAGAAGAUUUUGUCUGGACUCACAUUUACUGCCAAUUUGGUAUUCCCUACGCUAUUAUCACUGAUAAUGGCAGGCAGUUUGAUUCAGAACUCUUCAAGCAGUUCUAUACUCGCCUCAAAAUCAAUCUAUUUUUCGCUUCGCCAGCUCACCCCCAAUUAAAUGGCCAACUUGACAAUGCCAAGGGAUCUUGGUCAGAGAAGCUUCCUGAAGCAUUAUGGGCUAGGCGGACAUCCUUCCGAACGUCAACUAGGGAAACCCCUUUUUCCUUCGCCUUUGGUUCGGAAGUCGUUGAACCCGUCGAGAUCAGCGAACCCUCUUACCGAACGGAAAUCUUUGAACCUAAGGUGAACGAGGAGGCCCUUGCAUUAAACCUUGACUUGAUUGAAGAGCGCCGAGUACAAGCCAACCUUCGAAAUGAAGCUUACAAGCAGCGUGUCUCUCGGUACUAUGAUUCAAGGAUCAGACCCCGUUGCUUCCGGAUCGAGAACUGGCUCAUGAGAAAGGUCUCUUUGGCAUCGAAAAAUCCCACGGAAGGAACCCUCGGACCUACCUGGUAA